CCCGCAGCUGCCGGCCCGGCUCCGCUGGGCGCGGCCCCUCGCUGACCGCCUCCCGCCGCGCUCUCCUUGCAGGACCUGUCUGUUCCACCUCGGGCUACAAGAAGGCGGAUGAUGAGAUGUCCGGAGCCACGUCCGCGGCGGAUCUGGACGAGGCACCAGCCCGCACCAUUUACUUGAACCAGCCCCAGCAGAGCAAGUUCCGCGACAACUGGGUCAGCACAGCCAAGUACAGCGUGGUGACAUUUCUACCUCGAUUCCUGUAUGAGCAGAUAAGAAAAGCUGCAAAUGCAUUCUUCCUCUUCAUUGCCUUACUGCAGCAAAUUCCAGAUGUCUCUCCAACAGGAAGAUAUACCACCUUGGUGCCAUUGCUAUUUAUUUUAACAGUUGCUGGCAUCAAAGAAAUCAUAGAAGACUACAAAAGGCAUAAGGCAGACAGUGCAGUGAAUAAAAAGAAAACAGUAGUUCUAAGAAAUGGGAUGUGGCAGAACAUUAUGUGGAAAGAGGUAGCAGUAGGCGAUAUUGUGAAGGUCACCAAUGGGCAGCAUCUUCCAGCAGACAUGAUCAUAAUAUCUACCAGUGAACCACAAGCCAUGUGCUAUAUUGAAACAGCUAAUCUCGAUGGGGAGACGAAUCUUAAAAUACGACAGGGUUUGUCUCAAACUGCUAGUCUCCAGUCCAGGGAAGAAUUGAUGAAAGUGUCUGGGAGGAUAGAAUGUGAAGGACCCAACCGCCAUCUCUAUGACUUCACUGGAAACUUGCGCUUAGAUGGUCAAAGCCCAGUUCCUGUUGGUCCAGACCAGAUCUUGCUGAGAGGUGCACAACUGAGAAACACUCAGUGGGUCUUGGGUAUUGUUGUGUAUACAGGACAUGAUACAAAACUCAUGCAGAAUUCAACCAAAGCACCUCUGAAGAGAUCAAAUGUGGAGAAAGUGACCAACAUGCAGAUCCUGGUUUUGUUCUGUAUUCUUCUGGUAAUGGCCCUUGUGAGUUCUGUAGGUGCCUUAUUAUGGAACAGAACACACGGCGAAGUUGUCUGGUACCUUGGCUCCAACGAAAUGCUGUCUGUCAACUUUGGAUACAAUCUGCUGACGUUUAUAAUCUUGUACAACAACCUUAUUCCAAUCAGCCUUCUGGUGACAUUGGAAGUUGUCAAGUUUACUCAGGCUCUUUUUAUAAAUUGGGACAUAGAUAUGUAUUACCCUGAAACAGAUACACCUGCAAUGGCCAGAACCUCAAACCUUAAUGAGGAACUUGGGCAGGUUAAAUACCUGUUUUCUGAUAAAACAGGUACUCUAACAUGCAAUAUCAUGAACUUUAAGAAAUGUAGUAUUGCUGGAGUGACAUAUGGUCACUUUCCUGAGUUGGAAAGAGAACGUUCAUCAGAAGACUUCAGCCAGCUACCUCCUUCCACCAGUGAAUCGUGUGAAUUUGAUGACCCAAGACUGCUGCAAAACAUUGAAAAUGAUCAUCCCACAGCCGUGCACAUACAGGAGUUCCUCACACUGCUGGCCGUGUGUCAUACUGUUGUUCCCGAGAGACAAGGAAAUACAAUAAUCUACCAGGCCUCCUCUCCAGAUGAAGGAGCGUUAGUGAAAGGAGCAAAAAAACUCGGUUAUGUCUUCACAGGACGGACUCCCCACUCUGUUAUCAUCGAUGCGCUGGGGAAAGAGAAAACCUUUGAAAUUCUUAAUGUGCUGGAGUUUUCCAGCAACAGGAAGAGAAUGUCAGUGAUUGUUCGAACUCCAGCAGGACAGCUACGUCUCUACUGCAAAGGGGCUGAUAAUGUAAUUUUUGAGAGGCUUUCAAAAGAUUCCCAGUAUAUGGAACAAACACUGUGCCAUCUUGAAUACUUCGCAACGGAAGGUCUGAGGACGUUGUGCAUUGCUUAUGCUGAUCUGUCAGAGACAUCUUACAGAGAGUGGUUGAAUGUCUACAAUGAAUCCAGUACGGUUCUGAAAGACAGAACUCAGAAGCUGGAGGAGUGCUAUGAGAUCAUUGAAAAGGAUUUGCUACUUCUUGGAGCUACAGCCAUUGAAGACCGCCUGCAAGCAGGUGUUCCAGAAACAAUAGCCACACUAAUAAAAGCAGAAAUUAAGAUAUGGAUUCUGACAGGUGACAAACAGGAAACAGCUCUUAAUAUAGGGUACUCUUGCAGACUCAUUUCGCAGAGUAUGUCUCUCAUCCUGGUCAACGAAGAUUCACUAGAUGCAACAAGAGCUUCUCUGACUCAACAUUGUACCAGUCUGGGGGAGUCACUGGGCAAGGAAAAUGAUAUUGCCCUGAUUAUUGAUGGCCACACACUGAAGUAUGCCCUUUCAUUUGAAGUCAGGCAGAGCUUUCUGGACUUGGCACUCUCCUGUAAAGCAGUCAUUUGUUGCAGAGUAUCUCCUCUACAGAAGUCCGAAAUAGUAGACAUGGUCAAGAAACACGUCAAUGCCAUAACACUUGCCAUUGGGGAUGGUGCCAAUGACGUAGGAAUGAUCCAGACAGCUCACGUUGGAGUGGGGAUCAGUGGCAAUGAGGGCAUGCAGGCAACCAAUUGCUCGGAUUAUGCCAUUGCACAGUUUUCCUAUUUGGAGAAGCUAUUGUUGGUCCAUGGUGCUUGGAGUUACAAUCGAGUUACCAAAUGCAUACUGUACUGCUUCUACAAAAAUGUGGUUUUGUAUAUUAUCGAGCUUUGGUUUGCUUUCGUUAAUGGAUUUUCCGGGCAGAUCUUAUUUGAGCGAUGGUGCAUCGGUCUGUAUAACGUGAUUUUCACAGCACUGCCACCCUUUACUCUGGGAAUUUUUGAACGGUCGUGUACUCAAGAUAGCAUGCUUAGAUUUCCACAGCUAUACAAAAUCACUCAAAAUGCAGAUGGUUUCAACACAAGGGUUUUCUGGGGUCACUGCAUCAAUGCCCUCAUCCAUUCCAUCAUUCUUUUCUGGUUUCCACUGAAAGUGCUGGAGCAUGAUGCAGUAUUCACAAAUGGACAGGGAGUUGACUAUUUAUUUGUUGGAAACAUAGUUUACACUUAUGUUGUAGUCACUGUUUGUCUGAAAGCUGGCUUGGAAACAACUGCAUGGACUAGAUUCAGUCACCUGGCUGUCUGGGGAAGCAUGGUGCUCUGGCUCGUGUUCUUCGGCGUGUACUCAGCCAUCUGGCCUACGUUCCCCAUCGCGCCCGACAUGCUGGGGCAGGCUGGAAUGGUGUUAAGAUGUGGAUACUUCUGGUUUGGUUUGUUUCUUGUGCCCACUGCGUGCCUUGUUAAAGACGUGGCAUGGACAGCGGCGAAGCAUACCUACCGUAAAACGUUGCUGGAGCAAGUUAAGGAGUUGGAAACGAAGACAAGAGAACUGGGAAAAGCCAUGCUUCGUGAUAGUAAUGGAAAGAGCGUGAACGAACGUGACCAUUUGUUAAAAAGGCUCGGCAGGAAAACUCCUCCGAGCCUUUUCCGCGCUCAUUCUGUCCAGCAAAGCGUGUCACAUGGGUAUGCAUUUUCUCAAGAAGAACACGGUGUUGUUUCCCAGUCACAAGUCGUUCGAUCCUACGAUACAACCAAAAGGAGAUCAGAAAUAGAAUAAAUUAUUCUUUACUUGAUGGGUGGUGGGAAUAAUGGGAUUUGGAUCAAUGCAUCCACUGUUAACACAUUCAUGACUAGGUUUGGCAGCAGCAGCCAAAACACCAGAGAACUCAUUUCUGUGGCCUUAGCCAACAAGUUUCUGUAUUCUCCCUGCAAACCCUGAGUGCAUAUUGUGGGGGGGAAAUCAUUGUUUGACUUCAGUCGCAAAGCUCUGCCUAAAGUUUUGUUUAUGUUGUUAUGAAGCAUUUGACUGUGCUAUGUGAGGUGUGAAAUUAAAAACAAUGUUUUACCAUUAUUUAAAACAUUGGCAUAAAGUUGUUCUGGGGGAAAAGUAGAAAAUUUAUGUUCCAUGAGAAAUUAGCCUUUGCUUAAUUGGAACGGGGUGCUGAGAUUUCCUGUUUUGUUACACACAGACCAAGUGCACACGACUGCAUGCAGACUUUACUCCUUCUUGUAUUCACUGUUAAUUAAUUUGGCUGAAAUUUUCAACAGACCAUUUGGUGUAAAAAUUUUUGAUUGCAACACAGUUUGUAGCUAAAAAUGCUUAUUUGCCUUCUUAUGACAGAAUAACACAAGAUAGCAAUCAAUUACUUAGACUAUUUGCCCUCUUACAGGAUUUAUUAGGGUUCUAUCUUAGCUUUCUGAAACCCAAAUAAUAGCUUACUCACACAGCCAGGAUGUGGAAGUCAGAGCUUGGCAGAGCAGCUGUCUUGAGUGCAUGGCAUUGUACACCAAGAUGAACUCAACUAGGUGCCUCCUCAUAACGCUUCAUGAUGUAUUUGGAUGUGCACUUCAAGUGUAGCCUGGGACUUCCCUCCAUGACCCCAUUCCCAGUUUAAUAGUAGAAUAAAACAGUGAGAAUUUCAAUUUACAGGUACCAUCUGGUCAGAUAUGUUGAUAAGAUGUACAUGUGCGUAGGAGGCUGAUAGUGUAACCCUAAGGAAGCCUUCCCCAUGCCAGGAAAGAGAGGUUUGCAGAGGAGGGCAGGAGGGGAUUACACACGUGCGUGCACACACAUGGACACACACAGAGCUGGCCAUUGUGAAGAGGAGACCUGCUGUUUGUUUGUUCAGCCAAACCAGUCCCUCUUCUAGAUCUGAUCCAUCAACAGGCUUCCCAAAACACCCAGACCCAUGAGCCCUGGAAGGAAUGCUGGCUCCAUGGCCUUGCUGUGCCACUGGGACAGGCAUGCUGCUGCAUAGAUUGGGAUUUUGAAGAAAAAAAAAAAAGGCAAAAACUGGGGCAUAAGUUAAAGCUGAAAGAGCUCUUAGAAAGCUUAUGCUGUCCUCCAGACAAGUUCUAUUAAUUUUAGUCACCAAGCCACGUUUCUGAACAGUAUAAAGUAAAUACUGCUGUGUUUAAGCCAGGCUUUGUGGUUAAUGUAUAUACUACAUCUGUGUAUUUAAAAGUUGGCGUUGUUUUUUGCCCUAUUGACCAUCAUCCAGAGGUUUUUAUUGAUUUAAAUAUAUCCAAAAGCAAUUUGAAUAUGAAUGUUUAUGUUUAGCAAAGGAGAGGGAAGUUCCAGCCUGGUUUAAUCUUUCUUAAGGGUUGCGAGUAAAUGCCAGCGCUCAAGUGCUAUAAUUCAAUUUCCAGUGCCACCUCAGAGGUUCAGAGUCCCCUUCUCUUUUAGAAAAGGCAAGUUUUGCUCCUGCAGCACCAGUAAGGAUUGCUCUUGAAUUAGGCUGAUGGCACAGAGGGAAAAGUCAUCACCUUCUUUUUGCAGUGCUAAUGAGACAAUUAUGCAAUAAGGAAAAUGUGCAAAUAAUUUUGCCAUAGGCAUGAAUGUCAAGGGGCCAAGUGUGGAUGUAUGUAUUUUCUGGGAGAGGAAUUUUGUUUAAAGGCACAAAUGCUAGUGCUGAGAAUAAAUAAGGGGAGAGUAAACCUGAUCCCAGGAGUUUUUAAAUCUUAAUGCUGAUAUAACCUGUUAAACACUUCCCUUUAUUUAGAAACCAAAUCUGUUUAGGAAAUGUGUGGUGUAAGCCUCUCCUCAAAACUGCUAAUUGUUUCUUCCUUUUGUAAAAACACAAGGAAAAUUAACUUCCCACCAAGGCAAAAUGAGAUCAGCUUAGUCUUUGUACUCUAAGCUACACACCAAACAUUGGCAUGUAAACAAUUUGGAGGCUUUUCAUGACGCUGCAGAAAAAAAACUUUUAAAAGCCUUAGGAUAAUGAAGAAUGGCAAGUAAAUGAGUUAAGCAGAGAAUAGAAGGGAUCCUGGAGUUUUUUCUGUUCUUAACUUAGGGCAGCAAUAUUUUGCAGAGCAUAAUGAAAGAUGCUGGGGAGGAGCAGCUGUCAUCUGAUGUGAUUUAUUUUAUUAGUGCAGACUAUGGGCUGUAUCAUUUUGACCUCCCUGUAAAUUGAGGUCAGUGUGUGUCACAAACAAAAACCUUCCCUAGAGUGAAUGGUGGUUUAGACUGAGCUACGUGUGUUGGUUGUCAGCUCAAUGGGAAUUGCACAUGGGAUUUGUCACAGGGCUAUACAGUAUGUGACACUGGGGCUGGUGGGUCAGACUUUAUCAUCACUGUAUGGCCUUAAUCUCUAGCUGAGUUAAUUCUGUAGAACCCACCCAGGUCAAGACCUGGCAUUCUUCUUGUUCUUUGGAGUCAUUACAGGAAUUAAUGUAUUGUAAUGUGCUGCAGACUGGGUGUUGGAGUUGCUUGUCUUGAUGAGCAAUGAUGAGGUGCAUUCGAGUGCUGUGUUAGCAGAAGGAGAAUGACAGCUGCUCUGCAUCAACAGAAUUCCUUGUUCAUUAGGGCAAAUGCACGGAGCAGUAACAGCAGCCUUUGAAAGUGCUGUGUGAAAAUGUGAUCGACUCGACGGGGUAUCGGAGCAGAAGGAAUGGGGCAUUUCUGCGUGACUGUCCAGACUUAACUACCCAGCCUUGAUCAGAAAAGGCCUUCCUGAGUGGCUCUCUGCACUGACCAAAAGGAGAUGGGUUUGGAUAUUCAGAUGGAAGCGGUGAUUUUCCUGAAUUAGAGUGGGCUCUGUUGCUGCUUUUUAUAGCACCAUAAUCACAGCUUGCAUAGAAGCUGCUGCUCCUUUAAUGAUUGCCUAGUAGCAAUUUAAAGCUGGGGAGCGGGAGCCCGAGCUGCUCUGAGCGCUGCUGAGGAGUCUGUUGACAUUUUCUUCUCCUUGACAGGGCUUCAGGUCUUGCUGUAGGGAGCUAGAAUGGGAAGUCAGUAAUAACUUGUCAAGGAGAAAUGGCAAAUAACUAAUAAAAAUAUCUGGCUCAAACUAAGCUGCUAAUAUACAUAAAAAUGUGUGUAGAGUUAACAUGAACUCUAUGGGCUGUAAAUUAAGAUAACAGUCAAGCCUCGCUAAUCUGCAGUUUACUAGACUACACACCUCAUAGUGCAUGGCCAAAACUGUGCAGUCUCUUCCCUUACUUCAGCCAGGAGCUCAUAGCAGAUGCUGCAGGGAAGUCUCUCUUACCAAGAUUACAUUAUUUUUUACAGCAUGUACUGGAGUAUGUUCGCUGGGAGACAGUCAUAAUAAUAAAGUUGUGUAAAUAAAGCAGAGAAAGCUUUAUUUAUAUGAAUAUGUGAAAUGUGAGGACGUGGUCAGUGGCUACACUGGGUGCAACUUGGCUCUCUAUGGACAGCCCUAGAGGUGCACAGUCCUUACACUGUCCCUGUCCUGCAGUUUGCCCUUUGGGCUAACUCACUAAAUCUUCUGUUUUCACAUUGCCUGCAGUCAUCAGUGAAGGCUAGUGAUACUCUAUUUACAUUCUCCCUUGGUUUUAUAACUAAUGACUUAAUUUAUUCUUUAAAUGCUUCGAGGAGUGUACUUCUCACAGCUCAGGUUUGAAGCAGACCAGGCAUUGAAUGCCUGCUUGGCCCUAAGAAGCACCUUGAGUUUAUCAGAUUUCUCAUUAGUGUUAAGCACUGAGGGUAUUUUACCUUUGUUUUGAAUCAUCACACAGUAUCAAUGCCUUAAACUUCAAUCAGGUCCAGGAGAGCUCUUUGUGUCCUGUUGAGUCUAACAAGAAGUGGUGAUGGUAUGAAAUACCUGAGGGGUUGGAGAGGAGAAUUUAGCAAUGGUGUAUCUGGGUAGCAGUCUGCAUCUAAAAUACGGCACUGACCAUGCAUGUUCCUCAGCCUCCAGACAGUUGGACCCCUUCUGUCCUGUCAGGAAGGAUUCUUACACUCACCUCUUCCCAGUAUCCUGUAGACACCCAAGAGAGGCUUCACUCCCUUUCAGCAUCUGUGACCAGAGCUUUAUGUCCGGAGAAGGCCAGGGAUAGGUCAGUACAAUAGGUGACAACAAAAUAAAUCCAUAUGGGUACCUUUUCCUUAUGUAACAGUAAGAUUAAUGGAGGCUUUGAGCUUUGUUGGCAAAUGAAAACCAGAAAGUGCCCUGCACUACUUGGCCACACAAGUGAAUCCCAAAGGUGAUUGCUUCUCAGUGACCUGCAGGAAACCUAGACAGCCUGAGUUUAUCUGGCCAGGAAUGUGCUUUUGGAUGGGCUGUCUGGAGAGGUGAAGGGAAACAAAAUAGAUUGGCCAAGACCAGUGCUGCUGUUAGAGGUUAGUGAGGGGAGGGAUUCCUCAGGCAUCCGUGAAGAGCUGUGAUAAAACUGAUUUCUUUGGUUCCUUCCUGUGGCUCUGGGAAGGGAGCAGAGCUGAGAAUUUGUGAAGCACUGUUACCUCCUGGAACUGAGUUUGUCUGGCACCAAGCUGAGUCCUGCCAGAAGUGUUCCUUGUUUAGCAUGCUUUGGCUCUAGCAGGUUGUUUCCUGGGUUAUGAAGAUUGCUAAAUUAUUUACUGGUUCCUCUUUCCCUCGUGGACUCACCAGAACUAAACACUGGAAUUAUUUCAGUCAUGGGUGACAGCCCCUCAUGGAGAGUUAGUGGGAUUUCUGCUCAGGUGUUGCUCCUGGGCAGGUUCCUGUCUCUCAAGCUGGUGCAAGGGGCUCAUUAAUCGCUGGAUAUCUUUGUGAUAGUGUGUGAAACCCAGAGGUUGUUUCAUUUGGAUUCAUGGCCUGCUCGUGUGUGGUGUGGACAGAAGGUAAAGUGGCUGAGUACUGGUGUUUAUCCAAAGCCUUCUUUACGUAUGAAGAGGGUGAGAUAAGUUCUUCUGAAAUCUGCCACAAGAGGUCCGUUCUCAUUCAGCCUCUUGGUAGCCUCUAAAGAGAAACAGAAGUUAGUAAAUUACAAAUUCUGUGUGGGCAAUCUCAGCUCUGGGCAAUCACUCAGAAGUCUUACAAUGAAGAAAAGUGUUAAUAUAUUGCCAAACUGUCACUGUGCAUAGCUGGAAGGUCAGCACCCUUGUAAUUAUGGAGCAAUGAAGCCAAGGGGAAAAGCCAACAUUAACAGAAAGACACGAUUGUUUUAAAUUCUAACUACCUUACUGGGUGGUUUUCCUGCGAAGAUGUUCCAGAUGUCGUCUUGGCAUAAAUUAAUCAAUUUCAAAACAUCUGCUGGGUUUCUUAGAAAACAUGGAGUUUACCAGACAGUGAUUGUGCUCUCCUCUGCCCUUCUGGCUGAUAUGUUGAUUCAGAAGAGGAAUAAGUGUACUUGCUGUUCUUACCAUCAAGAGUUCAUAGACUGCAAAGUUGCUCAAAGUUCUUGCUCAACUCUUUUUUUUCUUUUUUUUUUAAAGGGCUCCAGUUAUAAAGUAGUGAGGCAGCCAAGCCCUCUGGGACUGUGUACAUGUGUGUGUUGGAAGAGAUGUUUAACUUGAAAACCUCCCCCUGUCCCUCCUCCUGCCCCCAAAGUGCAGCCCAUUGCACAGGGAGGUCAAAUAUUCAGGGUCUUGAGUGACAGGAUUUUUAACAGCAUCUUUUUCAUCAGCGAGCCAAGUCAUGUGCCCGCUUGUCUGUCAUAUCUGUACUCGAAUUGCUUAAAUAUUGUUUCAGAUGGGGACGUUUCAAUCUGGAUAUGCAGAGAGGAGUGGUGCUGUGGGGGGAUGUUUAAUUGGCUCCCAGCAGAGCAGCAGUGGUGUGUGGGUUUUUCCUCUAGAAGUGUUACCAUUUUCAGGUCCUAUUAAUGUCCUCUGGUAGUUUAAAUACAGCAUUGCAUUACAGUGGAGUUUGUUUCCCUCUCAGACUGAAUACAAAUGAAGGUCAUUUACUUGUAUUUUUAGAAGGUUCAGAAAACUUAGACAAUUUGUAGCUUUGAACAGCAUUGUUGACUGUUGUAUGUCUGCACAAAAAUAUUUCCAAUAAACCUUUUAUUAAAGCAAUCCA